AUGGCGCUCUGCUCCGAGCUCGGCAUCGACCCUUCCUCGGACAGUGUGCUGUUCUGUCUUGCCUCGGACCUCGGCUCGAAGGCGACGGGCGAGUGGGCGAAGGAGCCCUUCGUUCAGGGCUGGCUCGAGAUUGACCCAUCCCUGGCCAAGAUGAAGGCGGCGCUUCCCGGACUGCGGAAGAAGCUCAACUCCAACCCGGCCUACUUCAAGAAGCUGACAUCAGCACUCGACAUGUGGAACCUCUUCAUCCCGCCCGCGCUCGCCGCGACCCCGAGCGCGCUUAGCAAGCUGCCCCCCGGCGCGGCGUCGAGCACGCAGACGGACGAGCCGCCCGCGUUCGACGGGGAUGAUCUCGAGAUGUGGCUCGAGUUCCAGCGCGAGCGCGGCAAGGCCGUCAGCAAGGACACCUGGAGCCUGUUCAUCGACUUCCUCCGCACCAUUGACAAGCAGUACAAGGAGUACGACGAGGAGGCUGCGUGGCCGUCGACGAUUGACGACUUUGUCGAGUACGCCCGCGCGAAGAAGGCGUAG